CGCUCUGUGGGGCCGGGAGAGGCUGGGGUUCUCACCGUCCGCCCGGAGUGUGGAGUGUGAGGCUCGCACGGUCCCGGCUGCCCCGCGUCUCGCCGGAGCCGGAAAGGGCACGGGUCCGGGGCGAGGGCCGGCUGGGCGUGUUUGAUGGCUUCACUGAGAAGAGUCAAAGUGCUGCUGGUGUUGAACUUGAUAGCGGUGGCCGGCUUCGUGCUCUUUCUGGCCAAGUGCCGGCCCAUCGCUGUGCGCAGCGGAGAUGCGUUCCACGAGAUUCGGCCGCGCGCCGAGGCGACCAACCUCAGCGCGCACGGCGCCAGCCCCAUCCAGGACGCGGUCCUGAAGCGCCUCUCGCUGCUGGAGGAUAUCGUCUACCGGCAACUGAAUGGCUUAUCCAAAUCCCUUGGGCUCAUUGAAGGUUAUGGUGGGCGGGGCAAAGGGGGCCUUCCUGCUACCCUUUCCCCAGCUGAAGAGGAAAAAGCCAAGGGACCCCAUGAGAAGUAUGGCUACAAUUCCUACCUCAGUGAAAAAAUCUCGCUGGAUCGUUCCAUUCCAGAUUAUCGUCCCACCAAGUGUAAGGAGCUGAAGUACUCAAAGGAGCUGCCCCAGAUCUCCAUCAUUUUUAUCUUCGUGAACGAGGCCCUGUCGGUGAUCCUGCGGUCGGUCCACAGCGCUGUCAACCACACGCCCACACACCUGCUGAAGGAGAUCAUCCUGGUGGAUGACAACAGCGACGAAGAGGAGCUGAAGGCCCCCUUAGAGGAGUAUGUCCACAAACGCUACCCGGGGCUGGUGAAGGUGGUGCGCAAUCAGAAACGGGAGGGCCUGAUCCGAGCGCGCAUUGAAGGCUGGAAGGCGGCCACCGGCCAGGUCACUGGCUUCUUUGAUGCCCACGUGGAAUUCACUGCUGGCUGGGCCGAGCCGGUUCUCUCCCGAAUCCAGGAGAACCGGAAGCGGGUGAUCCUCCCGUCCAUCGACAACAUCAAGCAGGACACCUUUGAGGUGCAGCGGUACGAGAACUCGGCCCACGGGUACAGCUGGGAGCUGUGGUGCAUGUACAUCAGCCCCCCGAAAGACUGGUGGGACGCCGGAGACCCUUCUCUCCCCAUCAGGACACCAGCAAUGAUUGGCUGUUCCUUCGUAGUCAACAGGAAGUUCUUUGGUGAAAUCGGUCUCCUGGACCCUGGGAUGGAUGUGUAUGGAGGAGAAAACAUCGAACUUGGAAUCAAGGUAUGGCUCUGCGGGGGCAGCAUGGAGGUCCUGCCUUGCUCACGGGUGGCCCACAUCGAGCGGAAGAAGAAGCCAUACAAUAGCAACAUCGGCUUCUACACCAAGAGGAAUGCUCUCCGGGUGGCGGAGGUCUGGAUGGACGAUUACAAGUCUCAUGUGUACAUAGCGUGGAACCUGCCGCUGGAGAACCCAGGAAUCGACAUAGGUGAUGUCUCUGAAAGAAGAGCCUUAAGGAAAAGUUUAAAGUGUAAGAAUUUCCAGUGGUACCUGGACCACGUUUACCCAGAAAUGAGAAGAUACAAUAACACCAUUGCAUACGGGGAGCUUCGCAACAACAAGGCAAAAGAUGUCUGCUUGGACCAGGGACCGCUGGAGAACCACACAGCAAUACUGUACCCAUGCCACGGCUGGGGACCCCAGCUGGCCCGGUACACCAAGGAAGGCUUUCUGCACUUGGGAGCCCUGGGGACCACCACGCUCCUCCCCGACACCCGCUGCCUGGUAGACAACUCCAAGAGUCGGUUGCCCCAGCUGCUUGACUGCGACAAGGUCAAGAGCAGCCUGUACAAGAGGUGGAACUUCAUCCAGAAUGGAGCCAUUAUGAAUAAGGGCACUGGGCGUUGCCUGGAGGUGGAGAACCGUGGCCUGGCUGGCAUUGACCUCAUCCUCCGCAGCUGCACGGGACAGAGGUGGACGAUUAAGAAUUCCAUCAAAUAGUGGGGAGGAGCUGGGGACCUGGAGACUGGCCCUCAGGGCAGGGUCUGCCCGUGCUCUGGACCAGCUACGCUGGUGGAGAAACAGCUGGGAGCCAGCAGGUGCUCGUGGGCUUCUCCAGGGCAGCAUGGCGGGCUGGGGCGGGGGUGGGGGGCAGGGGGCCAGAUGGAGACGCUGUGUCCACCUCAGGCACUCAGCUCCUGCACCCUGGGGAAGCGCCCCGCCCCCACCCUUCUCUGGGAACCCAGGCGCUGUGUCUUCUGCAGCCCAGAUGUGGACCUGGCACCGAGGAGUGAAGCAUCCACAUCUCUGUCGUCACCUUCCCACCCGCUAUCAGGACUGGACUGGCAGGGCCUCUCCUCUUUCUCAUCUCUUACAGCAGCAGCUUCGAAUUCCACCCCAGCCCUCAAUAAAGUGGGGGAGGAGCUCAGCCACAUCCUAGAUUCAGUUUCCCCUGAGGUUGCUUCUGCCCAGAUGUCCUCUCACAACCAAGGCAGCCUCCAGCCCAAACCUGUCCAUUAAGUGGCACUGGGGGCCACAGCUGUGGAUUUUUCUGGUCCCGCCCCCCCCCCCCCCGUCCCCCGCCCCCGGGUGGCCUGGAGCUGACACUUCCAUGGUCACCUGCGCAUUGACUAGGCUCCUGUGUUCCUGGGCCAGCUCUUCUGCCUGUGUCUGAGAGCUGAGACAGGAAUCGGCUGAGCACACAGAGUAGGCUGAGCUGUGAGGGACCCAGGCUGGAGCCAGGCCAGUGCCGCUUCGCCUGCCCAGGGAACAGGGAGCCCUGACUCAGAGGCUGCUGCAGGGGGAGCAGGGAGGGGACUGGAGCUUACGGACUGGAGCCAGCACAGCAAAAGGGCCAGGACCCUGGGGUCUGCUCUGUGCUCAUCUCAUUUCAGCCCACGCUGUACUGGCUGACGGGGGAGAAGGCAGUCGAUUCCUCUCUGAAGAGUAAUAAUUUUUUUCGAUUGCCCUCUGGUUAGGGUGCACUUAUAAAUCAGAGUUAAUAUAUGGACGUGUGUGCAUGCGUAUGAGUAUGUGUGCCUGUGUGGUGCGCGUGGCAGGGCGUGUGCAGCUGCAUGUGCGUGUGUGCAUGUGUGACGCCACGUGGCCUGUGCGUCUGGGUGCGUGAGAGUGUGGUAGAGCAGACGUAGAAGUAUGGCUUCGGGCUUGCGCUUCAUCGCUCACCUGGAUCAGGACAAGGCUGCUGAGAAGCUUGGGGGGUGGGGGUGGCCACACAUGUGGCCAGAAGGAUGUGGCUCAGCCUUGCCCGUGUGGUGCCCAGACAGAAGGCUGUCCUGCCAGUUCCCAUCCCUCUCCCUCAUGCUGUUCCCAAAGGUCAAGCCCUGCCCAGAACCAAACCCUGUGGUUGUCCAGUUUAGGGUUCAUAUGUCUCAUUUGGUGGCCUCUUGUUGGUGGUCAGCCCACUCCAUCUCCCCCUCGUGAAAUAAAUACAUGUGAGCACUUCCCAAA